UUCCAGCCCCCAAUCUGCACAAGCUGUCCUUGUUUUGACGCCCGAUUUUCUUGCCUCAAGUCGACUACCUCCUCAGAUUGACCCUCAGUAGAUGCGCACCGUCGACCACAAUGUCGGACACCACCGAGGAGGAACAUUCGUCAAUCCGUACGCCUUCGACCAGUCCGUUGGCGCAGCCGCAGGGCGCGGCCUCCAGACCGAGCAAUCGUUCCAAAGCUCACAUCCGCGUGUCUCUGGCAUGCGUGCAAUGCCGGUCGAAGCACGUCAAAUGUGAUGCUACUCUCCCUGCCUGCUUGCGGUGUCAAGCAGAGGCGAAGCCCUGCUUCUAUGCCAAGUCGAGAAGAGGCAUUCGGGAUCCGAAGAAGCGUAGCAUGAUUUCCGACAGGCCGCCACGGUCGCAUUCCGAACAGCAAUCACAUCCAAAACCGUCCCACUCGCCUCCGGCCACAUACCGGAGUGAUUCACCCUCUCAGCUUUCCAGCGGGUGGUAUGCGACAGGCGUGCGGUCACAGCUUGCACAGCCGCAAGCCGCAGACGACGACGUUCUGAUAGACCUGUUCUACCGAUAUCUGCACCCGAGCCACCCAUUCCUGCCUCCCAAGAAAUUCUUCAACAUCUUCUUCGACGCAGACUCAGACUCGUACCAGUUCUUGCUGGGGGCUAUCAAGUUCUGCGGCUCCAAAUUUGCUGGCGAGUCGGCGUCAGAGCAGCUCAGAGAGUCGGCUUUCACAGCGGCAUGUGGGCCCCUCCCGAUGACGCCUCAGUCAGUCCAAGGACUCCUCCUUCUCAGUAUCGUCGCGUGCGGCGAUGCCCUGUUUGAGCAUCACGCUGGUUGGCUAGAUCGUGCCUUGUCCAUCGCUAUGGACAUUGGGAUGCAUCAGAAAAGCUUUGCGGAUUCUGCAUCUGACGCCGUUCUCGCCGAGAGUUUCCGACGAACGUGGUAUAUACUCUUCGUUCAGCAGUCGCAAAGGCUCAUGAAACACUCCCAAUCCAAAGUGGACGCAGCAGACAUUGAGCACAAUGUCGACUUGCCAUGCGAGGAAUGGGAAUAUGAUUCUGGGGUCAUACCCACGCCGAUUUCCGCAGCCGAUUACGAGAUCAAGAAGAAUCUGAGCAGGGUCGAAUUCUCCUCGUUAGCGUAUCUGGUCGACAUCUGCAGAAUCCGGACCGAGCUUGUCUUGCCCUACCUGCGCUCUUCUGAAGACAAGAAGAAGGCCUGGUUCGAUCGGGCGGAUUCCAGGAUUUGUGACUGGCUUCGCCGCGUGCCGCGAUGGAAACUCGACCUGGUGGAUCAAGACGGAGUAUCCGAUCUCGUGAUCCACCAUGCUGUGAACUUGGCUCAUGUGAAUCGAUUGCGAUUAAGGCAGGCUGGUCUCCGUAGCGGCCUCAACGUACGCGACUACUUCCACCUGGGUCCGGCGAACGGCCCCUACAAAUCAGUGAAGUUGAAUAAGUACGCAGGAUGGAAAGUACAGCCUACCGAGAUACAGGCUGCAGACAGUUCCUGCGAAUUCCUCCGGUACAACAUACCCAUCAAGAAUCUCCCUCCGUCGAUCGGGUCGGGGCUAUUGGUCGUCGCUUUGGCAUAUAUGGAUGCCUGCGUCUUUCUCGGACUCGACUCUGAGGCGAUGCGCGAGAAGAUCAACAUGUUGUUACAUGUGCUUAGCAGCCAUGGUGACACUUGGAAGCUGUCGGAGAUGAUCGCGGAAGAGAUUCGUUUCGUCAUCAAGGAGUACCUCAAUGAUCCCGUGGCGGGGGGCGGACAGCCGCUCCUGUCGAUGGAUGAUGCACCAUGGGACCCCAGCUUGACGAUGUCAACGACGGAGUACGUGACAAAUGGGCUGCUUCAUGACUCGCUAAUGUCUAUGCCAUCAGGGCAGCCAGUCGACUUCCCAGGCUGGGAUCACGUUAGUCAUGGGGCAAGCUGGCUAGGCAUAACAUCAGCAUGAAAAUCAAUACAAAAGAAAGACUCAAAAUAGAGCAUACAUGGGAGCUCACCUGCUGGUUCCUGCCCACCCAAUCAUCUCAGGGCAGUGCGAGGAUUCAAUCUGACGUGAAAGACGACGUGAUAACCAGUCCACCAGACAUAACUGCCAGGGAACAAGUUCGAUAUGUGGCCA